AAUAGUUCAUUGAUAAGACAUCUCAUACUGGCACCUUCCUGUUGGAUUCCAAUCACGAUGUCCCGCAGUGUUUAUUUACUUUACUACUACUUCAACGUCAUCGCUACAGUCUUCGCAGCAGCUACAUAUGCAGGAUACGUUCCAUUCAUGUUCAGUGCUGUCUUACACAUCUGCGGUCAAUUUGAAAUACUCGAGGAGAGUAUUAAGAACUUGAGUGAUGGAGAUGAUUAUUCAAUACAAAGAUAUAAAAUUAAAAAAUACUCACAACGACAUAAUCACUUGAUUCUGCUGGGAAAUUGUAUGGAGACUGUUGUCAAGGUCAUCAUGCUCUCGGAAAUUCUCAGCAAUACUGUUCUCAUUUGCGCUUCAGGACUUGCAGUGUUGGCAAACGUGAAAAUGGGCAUUACAAACAGUGUAGUACUGAGCUGGGUAGCAAGGAUAUAUGUCUUGUACAUAGAAUUCUUCAUAUAUUGCUAUAUUGGUGAAAAAAUGUCGAGCUACGCUGACAGGUUGCAAGGUACUAUGUACAAUUGUCCGUGGUACAAUAUGUCACCUAAUAAUGUCAAAGAUAUAGAAUUUAUGAUAAUGCGUAACAAUUUAUUUUGUCACUUGACAGCAGAGUUAUGCUUGAGUGAAAUUGAGGGAGUAAUUUAUAGUUUAAGAUCAAAGAGACAAAUUGAUUGGAUAGUGCAUCUCAUAAUGAUUAGAAAUUGUUGUAGCUUUUUGUUAUUUCUUCAAACUUUCGAGAUGUAAUAAAAACGAUGUGGAAAUAUCGAGAUUUUAUUACACUACUUCACGUGGAGGGUGAGCAACAACUCGGUGUGGGUGAACACCAAAAAAAGCCAA